AUGUAUCGAAACAAUAAAAGUUUAAUAUAUAACUUAAAAUACUAUCUACGAAACAGUCAUCUACAUGGCUUAAGAUACGUGGGAAACGAAAAAUAUCAUAUAACUGUGAGAAUACUAUGGAUGAUUAUCUUCAGUGCGUCGUGUUUUGGGAUGAUAACAAUGUUUACUUCGCUUUUCAAUAAUUACAAUGAAAAUGCUAUCAGCUUUCUCACAGAGACGACCUACCUGGAUUGGAACACAAGUUUUCCAGCUGUAACUCUAUGUCAAAUAUCCGAGAUAGACUUUAACCUAACCGAAGAUAUCACCGGAGACCAGGAUCCAGCAUCGCUCGAAUUUUUUCUUGUCGAUAUUCUCUUUUUCACAGGAACCUGUUAUUCCUGCCAGACCGACUGUAAAUCUUGCUCAAAGAUUAAUUUAGCUAAAGUUGUCAAUAAAUUGAGAAAACCAUGCAACAAACUUCUGGACACCUGCCAGUGGAAUAACUUCGACUUCAAUUGCUGCGAAAAAUUUCUACCCUUGGAAACCGAAUAUGGAGUAUGUUUUUCCCUCAAUUCCUUGCACACUACACCGUCUGGAAAACCUGAUCCUAUUUUCAUGAUGAAUCGAGAAAAUGGACCAGGAAAACUAGUUAUUAAUACGAAAGAAGAUAUAAGGGUGUAUUAUCACGCCCCUGAAGAUGUUCCAUUCAUCAACUCAGAAUCGAAUUUUCGUAAAGACAUUUCGGUUGGUGACCGUUAUGAAGUCUUAAUUAAGGUUAUUGAAAUCGAAAAUGACGAAAACGUUAAAAGCCUAUCAAUAGAAAAACGAGAAUGUCGAUUCCCUUGGGAAGUACCUGAUAGUCUAAAGGUUCACAAAUGGUACAGUUACUCCACUUGCAUGGUACAAUGCCAUGCAGAUAAUCACAUUAGAUUGUGUAAUUGUACCCAUCACUUGAUGCCAGUAUAUAAUAAACAGGGUUAUUGUGACAUCGAUGGUUUAAAUUGUUUAACUGAACAUUUUGAAACUGUAAACAGAAUACACGCCAAGGGUCACGAUAAAGCUGGAUUGGUUUGUGACUGUUUACCUUCUUGUGUUGAACCGGAGUAUACCAUAGUUUCGGAUCAAAAAAGAGCUGAUUGGGAAGGUAAUGGAAUAACCAUCAAAAUGCAAUCUCUUCCUACUUCUAGAUUCAAGAGAGUUGUAGUCAAAAGUCCUCUAGAUUUAGUUGUAUCCAUAGGUGGCGCGGCAGGUCUCUUCAUAGGAGCCUCUCUGAUUACAAUCGUCGAGUUUAUCUACCUUAUCUUGUUCAACACCAAGAAAUAAAUUGUAAAAAAGUCGUUAUUUUUACGAAAAUGUGAAAAAACUUUAUUAAGUCCUAAUUAAAAAUACAUUGUAAAUAAAUACUACAUAGAAAAAUAGAACACUAGAAGUACAAAGCCUAGCGUUCUCUGUGAUGUGUACCUUAAGCACUAUGGUUUAAAUCUUAAAGUUAAAGUAUGCGUUGUAUCUUUAAUCUUAUCUAAUUUAUACUUGGCACAUUUCCUGAGAUUAUAGAAUUUUAAGAAUGGCACUUAUUGACAUCCCAAAAAAAUGUCUUGAAUUUUUUGGUUUUUUAUGUUUAAUAUACACAGUUAAAAAAUAAGUAUUUGUAUACAUCUAAAUAACAGCCGAAUAUUGAGAGAAGACUAACAGAAAAAAAUACAUUUACAAAACAACUAUUUAUUGUCAGACUAGAUUUUUGUGAAACGUGAAAUAGCUGACUUAAAUUAUAAAAACCAUUUAAGAAGUUUUUUAAUAACAGUAUACUCGUAAACAUUAUAUAGUGACUGCUACAAACCUCACAAAAAAAAGGAUUUUUGUAAUAUCAUAGAUAUUGGUAUAUUUUAAAAUAAGAUGUAUUUUUUAUAUCAACAUAGGUCGGAUUUUCUUUUGUUUCGUAGCUACCGGAGGUUAAAGUUUUUCUUUCAAGUGCUUUUAGCGAUUCGAAUGAAAUUUUGAGGGUAAAAGUUAUUAUAAGUUUAUAAUGUAAUAGGAUAUAAUAAUACAGUUGAAUAAACGAGCAUAUAAUGGUGGUUGUUAUUCACGCGGAUGAAGUUGUCAUAAGUCGUCCAAGUGAAUAAUGGCCAUUAUAUGCGAGUAGAAUACUAUACUUUAUCCAGGACUAUCAAAAAAAUUUAGAUAAUAUUAAUAUAAGUUUUUAUUUUU